ACCCUGUGGGCUGUGGGUGCUCUGAGGCAAGGAGCUAAGCUUUGCCCACGUCAGCGCGGUGCCAUGGUGACCAAGAGUUCCGCGCUCCUCUCGCGUCCUCAUUUCUCAACCGCCACACAAACCCAAGGAACGAAGACGACGACGAUGGCGUCGUCUGCCUCCUUGCUCCAAGCCUCCACGUCCUUCGCUCCAGUCUUCUCCCCGCUCCCAUCCCGACACCAGCCCACGGCGCCACGCCUGCAUCUCCGCGGCUCCCCCAACCGUCGUCGCCGCGGCGUCUCACUCGCUGCUUCCUCCGCCGCGUCGCCGGAAGUCGAGAAAGAGUCGUCGCCCUCGUCCUCGCCGCAGGAAUCUCUGUCGGCUGUCGUGGACAGUGUGAAGGUGCUCAAGGAGGCAGCCAAGACAAGGAAAGUACCUGCGCCGGAAAUUCUCUCGGCACUGUCCAAGAUCAAGAAGGCGAAACUCGACACAUCAACAUUCUUUGAGACACUUGGUGGUACUGAGUCUCCAGGCAGGACAUGGAUGCUUAUCUUCACUGCAAAGGGUCGGCUGGACAAAGGGCAGUAUUUUCCAGUGACUGCAGUCCAGCGCUUCGAUGCCGCGGGAAAACGGAUUGAGAAUGGCAUAUAUUUGGGCCCUAUUGGGUGCUUAACGUUUGAAGGGAGGCUGUCAUGGAAAAAGAAAAUACUUGCAUUCAUCUUCGAGCGGGUUCGCAUAAAGGUUGGACCAUUGGGUCCCCUAGAAAUCGGCUUCGGAAGCAGCAAUGAUGAUAGGGAACCCAGCACAAAGGACCCGUUCUUUGUUUGGUUCUAUGUUGAUGAGGAAAUCGCUGUUGCGCAAGGCAGAGGCGGUGGAGUAGCUUACUGGUGCAGAUGUCAGCGUGUCCCCUGAAGAUUCAGACAUUCGGUUCGCUUCAAAUCACUGUACAAGAUCAGGAUAAUGUAGUCUCUAGUUUGUAGGGUUAAUGUUCAUCUUUGUACUAUCUGCUUGGUCUCCAAAAACGAGAAAAGGCAAGGAGGUGUAGAUAAUGAAACACUAUUAAAAUCAUACGCUUGUGUUUGUGUGGCUUUUACAGUUUGAGCAUGUCAGUAA